CAUUCGCGCCUCUCUUUCACCCUCACGCAUUAGCGCCUCAAUUUGGCGCUCUCUAUUUCGCGCUUCUUUCAUCACCUACACACUCACGCAUUCCAAAAAAUUCUUUAUCAGAGGAGACGAACUGAUUGGGAUGAGUUCAACAAAUUCUAAUCGUAGAAGAAAACAACCAGAACAGCCAUCACACAAUUGGACCCCUCGUGAAUAUGUGGCUCUAGUUGAGGCGCUAACAGAGAUAUGUGUUGGUGGAUAUUGGAAGGUUGACAAUGGCUUCAGGUCUGGGUACUUGGGUAAACUUGAACAGAUUAUAGUGCAAAAGCUACCAAACUGUGGGCUUAAGGCAAACCCCCACAUUGAGUCUCGUUUGAAGACAUUGAAGAAACAAACACUUGCCAUCUACGACAUGCUUUCUACCUCAAGUGGGUUCUCAUGGAACCAUGAAGAAAAAAUGGUGGUGUGUGAAAAACAAGUGUUUGAUGAUUGGGUUAAGGUUCAUAAGGAUGAAAAAGGACUGAGAAUGAAACCAUUCAUUCAUUAUGAUAGCUUGAUAGAAGCCUUUGGCAGAGACCGUGCAAAUGGAUUAGGAGCUGAAGGACCAGCUGAAGCAGAUGAAGAUCUCAAUAAUGAGAAUAACUAUGCUGACAUUGAAGAAAAUGGUUUGGAUGAAAUCACAAUUCCUUCAUCUGUUACCCGUAAUUCUGCAAACCCACCUUCUGCUCGAACUAGGAAACGAGCACGAGAUGCUUAUUCUCAAUGUUUGGGAGACAUGGCUAGCACAUUACGCUCCUUUGUGGACGUGACCAAUGCACACUUGGAGACAAUGCAGGGAGUACUCAUGAAUGAGCAUGUAACAUCUGAAAGAAGAGGUAAGCUUGUUGACGAGCUUAUGAAAAUCGAAGGCAUAAAUGACUAUGAUGUUAUAGAAGCUGCAGCUGCAAUUAUUGGUGAUGACUCCAAAAUUGAACUCUUGUUCAAUUUUCCAGACAACGUAAAAAGUCAAUAGAUUCAUAAACUUCUUGGCCGUUAGAUAUAUAGAUGCUAGCUGGAGAUUAAUGUUGGCUUCAGUUUUCUUUUAUUUUGCUUCUAGGACAGCAUGAUGACUCAAGUAAUGGUCUAGAUAUUUUGAACUUUUAUUAAAGACUAUGAUAUAUUUUGAACUUCUGACCAAUGUAAGGCUAUUAUCUAUUUUGAACUGCUCUUCAUUCUUUAGGAAGAGAUAUGUUGCAGUAACAGAUGAUUAUAAUGUAAACAAGACUGUGACUAGUAAACUGCUCCAGAAACUUGA